GGAGAAGGUGCCCUGCCACCUAGCUUGAGCCAAGUAUAGUUAAUCAGCCAAACUCUCUCAACGCCUGGAGAGAGAACCAAUCAAUCAAGGGAAAGACAGACUUCCAGUAAAAAGCCUGGUCCAGAUCAGAAGUUGUUUUCUCUGCUGGAAAGAUGUGGAUUGAAGUUGUUUCUUUCGGCCUCAAGAACGGAAUUAAAGGUGUGACGUCCACGUCGCAGAUUUAGACCAGAAACAGAUCUUUACUCUUCAGAUUUAAUAAUCAUCCCUCCCAGGUUGAAGUGCACAGGCAGCUUGCUUCUGCACUCUUGCAGGUCUCCCUUCCCCCACCCUAGGCCCUCUCCCACAGCAAACAUGGUGGGGCAUGCUGGCAGCAUGCCUCUGUGCUUUCCCUCAGAAGUUCUGCUUUCUCCAUCCCCUGCUCCCCCCUGCAGCAAACUCGGGGAUUUUUUGCCCCUCCCUGGAUGCUCUGAGGGGACUCAAGGAGACACAGGUACGAGCUUGUGUGGGAUAAAUGACAAAAAACGCCCCAGCUCCAGUAGUACUGAGACUAGCACUGUCCCUGAUAACCAGCUGGGCUCUUCCCUGGUGCCUGUCCUUGGAAAAAGGAGAUUAGGAACCCCCUUUUAAAUCAUAGAAGAAAGGUAAUCAGAGAUCAUGGACAGCUAUGGCCAAUCCUAAAACCAGUUCCCGAGAGCCCCGUAAAAGGUAAUCCUCAAGUCAGAGGAAUCCUCCCUCAGACAGAAAUUUUACUUUCAUUUUCGUGCACUGAGUGUAUCAGGCCCAGAGCUUGUGUCUGGUGUGUCUCAGAUGUGCAGCUGGUGACUGGAACCACACAGCUAAGGACAGCUGGGACACAUCCAAACGUGGCUGCAGGAAGAUUCCUUGACCUGGAGAGCAGUAAGAAAAAACCUGUCAAAUUCUAAUGGCUAGAGCUUGGUGCUCAACAGACCUCAAGCAAGGAGUAGCUCGAAGUGUUGAUGGAGUCGCUGAUAUUGUCACGGAAAAAUUCUUGAAAACAGAUCUGAGGAGCCUGAUAACUGAAGAUGGAGCCUGGAAGGCAUUUGAGGAAGCAGCAGAAUUGUCAAGUGAGGAGGGAGCUAUACUUCGUGAUGCUCUGAAGGAGAGUUUAGCACAGGAGCCCUCAGAUGAAAAUGACGGACCUGAAAGGAAGCAGCAGAAUGAGCGGUUUCUGCGAGAGUUUCCUGAGUUGAAGAAGAAACUUGAGGACCACAUCAGGAAGCUCCGAGACCUGGCUGAUCAUCUUGACCAGGUGCACAAGGACUGCACCAUCUCCAAUGUGGUGUCCACCUUUGCUAGUGCUAUCUCUGGAGCCAUGGGCCUUCUUGCUUUGGGUCUGGUACCCUUUACAGAAGGGGUCAGUCUGUUACUCUCAGCAGCCUCUGUGGGUCUGGGGGAGACAGCAUCCGUGACUGGUCUUACGACCACCGUUGUGGAAGAAUCAAUGAGACUCUCAGAUGAAUCUGAAGCCAGUCGCCUGGUUAGAGCCAGCAUGAAUGUAUUUGAAGAGAUUGUAAAGAUCAUGUCUAAGAUCACAUUCAAGCUUUUAUUUACAGCUGUGGGAUUAGUCCCUGCAGUCAAAAUCCUCAGGGAUCACAUCCGAGCCAUGAGGAGAGCGAGAAUCAUCAUUUUCCCUAGAGAAGAGGCCAGGAACCUCACAUCCAGUGAAAGAAGCUCUGUGCAGGGUGUUCUCCCAAUGACCAGAGGAGCCAGGCUUAGAGCAGUAGGGUUUACAAGUUUGUUCCUUGCGUGGGAUGUGUAUGACUUUGUGAAGCAAUCAAAAGAUCUGUAUAAUGGGGCAAAAACAGAGUCAGCUGGAGCACUGCGGGAACUGGCUCACAAGCUGGAGGAGAAGCUGCAGGUAUUCGAGCAGAUAUAUAAGGCUCUGCAGUCAGACCUGCCUCACUGACCCCAUCCUCUAAGCAGCUAAGAGUUCAGAGGAGAUGAUGUGUAAAGGGGUGGGACCUUUUUUUUUAAGCAUUAAUGUCAGAAGUUUCUGUUUGUUUGUUUGUUUGUUUUUCCAAAAAGAUUACACAAAAGUUGAUAAAAGGGGAGAAGGUUACGUGUCUUACAGGAAACCUGGGUUAAGGGCAGAGCAGCCUAAAGAAAUGGUGACUGGAUCAAAAUGCAGGAACACGGGGAAUGGAACUGGCAGUCCAGACCUGCACAGGGACACACACCCGUGCUGCAACAUGCUAUAACAAGGGAAACAGCCUGAGGUCAAGUCCAGGGAAAAGAUUGUUGUGGAGUUUGAAUUUCUCUGGCUGAGCAGAGUGAGGUCAAUGUAGAAGGCCGGAGAUCCCAGGAGAAGAGGAACCUGGAGUCUAAAAGGGGAUCCGACUUCCGGCAGAGUGGAGACUCUGCAGACAAGUCAGCAUUCAUCACUCUAACAACACCCUGCUGCAUCUGAACAUCUGUGGGGUCUCCUCGAGGUCUUGUGCUGGACUUGCUAAUGCUUAGCUAUCUGAGAAAUGAUAUUGUUUUAGUGGGUUUGCUUUGCUGCACUUUUUUCAUAGAUAUUUUUGGGGGGGGGGUUGGGAAGCAGAAAGUACUUUUUAUAAAUUCUUUUUUUUUUUUAAUUGGCUUUAUCAUGUAGCUGGCCUGGAAUUUCUAGGUAGACCAGAAACUUGUGAUGGCUUAACGGGGUGGGAUAAGGUCCUGAGAUAACAAUUCCUUCACUUUCUGGUAUUCCUCUUGAAAUAUAAACCUUGUUUGGUUUUUGUUUG